AUGCCUAAUCUCAAGCAUUUUUAUUUUCAACUUCUUGUACAAACAUUAUUAUGGUCAUUUACUAAUCAAUAUCUUGAUGGAUAUGUAUGGCAACAAAUAUUGAAACUUUAUCUUCCAUGUUUAUCUAAAUUUGAAUUUCAUAUGACUAUCAAGAAAAGAUCACCAAAAUUAGAUUUAGAUUUUGUUGUUAAUUCAUUUAAUUAUUUUGUUAACAAAUAUCCUAUAUUGGGGCAUGAUUAUUGA